UUCCUCUCUCUAUAGUCAGAAAUGACACUCGCGUGGGAGUGUGCGUGAAACGUGAUUGUGAGUAGUAGUGAAAAAGGCACACUCACACAAACGUCCUCUUCCAUAUUCUCUCUUCUCUCUUCUCAAAAAUCUCAUGCCAUAAGUUUGGUACUACUAACCUUUUAGCUGCUUUUGCUUACAAGCUCCUACAUUCUCUCUCCAGUCAACGCUGCCAAGAGAAGCGUGAAACUACUUCGCGUUAUUGCUGAUUCCGCAGAGUGUACGGUCAGAAUAGGGUGUUUGAUCCCAGUUCUCACGUUUAGUUCUGUAAACGGAUCCGUUUCAGAAGAGAAAAAAAACAAAAUUGAGAUUCAAAACGUUGACAUUCUUCGUCUAUGUACCUAAAAACGUGUUGGACUCGGUGAAUAAUAGGUUGGGAAUUAGUGCCUUUGGUGAUCAUCAUGUUCCUUCUUAGAAGGCAAACCCAGAAUAACCAGGAGAAUGAUUCCUCAUAUCAAGAUACAAAGGUGGCUGAACUCAAGACAGGUCUUGGGCCCCUCUCUGGUCGUCGAUUAAAGUAUUGCACAGAUGCAUGUCUAAGGAGAUAUUUAGAAGCAAGAAACUGGAAUGUUGAUAAAGCUAAGAAAAUGCUGGAGGAAACACUCAAGUGGAGGGCAACUUAUAAGCCAGAGGAAAUCCGUUGGGCUGAAAUAGCACAUGAGGGUGAAACAGGCAAAGUCUCCAGAGCUAACUUCCAUGAUCGACUUGGGAGGACUGUGCUUAUUAUGAGGCCAGGGAUGCAGAACACAACAUCGGCUGAAGAUAAUAUCAGGCAUUUAGUCUAUCUGUUGGAAAAUGCUAUCCUAAAUCUUUCUGAAGGUCAAGAACAAAUGUCAUGGUUGAUAGACUUCACAGGAUUAUCACUUAGUACAAAUAUGUCUGUUAAAACAUCUCGUGAUAUUAUUCACAUUUUACAAAACCACUAUCCAGAAAGGCUUGCUAUUGCUUUUAUGUACAAUCCACCAAGAAUAUUCCAGGCUUUCUGGAAGGCCAUCAGAUUCUUCCUGGAUCCCAAGACAGUCCAGAAGGUGAAGUUUGUUUAUCCUAACAAUAAGGACAGUGUGGAGCUGAUAAAAUCACUCUUCCCCACGGAAAACCUUCCAAGUGAAUUUGGGGGGAAAACAAGUCUAAACUAUGACCAUGAAGAGUUCUCGCGAUUGAUGACCGAGGAUGAUGUGAAAACUGCCAAGUUCUGGGGACUUGAUGAGAAGCCCUUCAACCCUCCUAAGAAGGGGCAUUCGGGAGCAGAGGUGGCACCGGAACCAGUGCCUGUUGAGGCAGUAGUUAGUUAGUUGAGCAAGUUUGCAUAUUGUAGCCACUUAUAAACUGAAGUGACUACAUAACCGAAUCAUGAAGGAACAAACAAUGUAGUAGUGGCUAAUUUAAGGAGCCGAAUAAGUGGUAUUUUGUAUCGUUCAACUUUUAACCAUGUCAUGUACCCGAAGCAUCUUUAUCACAA